AUGGAUGAACAAUUUAUUUUUUCAACAUCAUCUGCUUUAUUUGAUACUUAUCUUGUUUAUGGUAUCAUUGGUUUAUUAUUAUUUAUUGCAAUUAUUGGCUUAAUUAUUUUAUUAGCUACAUCAUGUUGUUGUUGUUAUUGUUGUUUAUGUCCAAAAUCAUGUUGUCUAUGUUAUCAUCAUAAUCGUCGACAUUCAUCAUAUAAACUACGUCAACAAUUAAAACAUAAAGAUGGAUCAAAUAAUGGUGAUUCAAAAAAAAUUGCAUUUAUACGACGACAUCCAAGUGAUGUAGCUGAUUUUUCACAGUUAUAUGAUUCAUGUCCACAUUUAAUCAAUAGUAAGGCUAUGACAACAUCAAAUACAAAUAUGGAUACAAGUUGUACAACAAUUGAUACAUUUGUUAGUCCAAUAUCACCAUGUAGUUCAUUUCGUUCAUUUGUUGGAUCAGGAACAUCAUCAAACGAUAACAAACUUCCAACUGUAAAAAAUGAUCUUAGUAAUCCAUCACAAAAAAAUAAUAUAAAUAUUGAUAAGACUAAUAAUGCUCCUUCAUCAUCUGUUAAAGGCGUAUGUUCUCGUCCAUUUUCUUAUAUAAAAAAUACAAAUGAUCGUGCACAUAUUUUACGUCGUUUUACUCCACAUGAACGUGUUAUUCCACCAACUAUUGUAUCAAUUGAUGUAACUCGAAUAUCUUCAUCUGAGAAUGAUAAUAAUAAUAAUCAAACAAAUUCAAAUAGUACAAAUAUUUAUGAAACAGUUCUUCCAACAACAUCAACAACAACAACAACAAAUAAUAAUAAUAAUAAUAAUAAUAAUACAUCAACAUCAGAUAUACCAACACCUAUUUAUGAAACUGAAUGGACACAUAAUUUAAGACAAUUAAUGAUGGCAACAACAACAUCAUCAAUUACAAAUGAAGGUAUUUCUGUUAUUAAAGUAUCUUCAGUACCACCUGAUAUUGUUCCAUCAAUAAAACAAACUUCGGAUUAUUUUCAACAAAAAAAUCCUCAUGAUAAAUUUUUAGCAAAUCGAACAACAAUAUCAGAUUCAAUGAGACGAACUACUAUGCUUAAACAAUUAAAAGACAAUGCAGCAUUUCUUUAUUAA